UUUGCCCUUUGUUCUACUUUCUUAACGGCCUUCCCUUCAUUUUUCUUCUGCAAAAGCCUGAUAUAUUUCUCCCUCUCUUUCCCUAUAUCCAUCUCUUCUUGCCCCUCUUUGCUUCCCAUAGCAGUUGCUUUGUAUUUCUUUCUUCUGGGUUUGUUUGCUUUUGUAUAAUUCUAUAAAGGGUUUUAGUAUUUAGAGGAGUUUCAAUGGAAGAAGCUAUCGUUGUUAACAAAGGAGAAGACCUCAUCGAUUUGCCGCCUGGUUUCCGGUUUCACCCGACGGAUGAGGAGAUCAUAACUCAUUAUCUUACAGAGAAGGUAAUGAACAGCAACUUCAGUGCAAGUGCUAUUGGUGAAGUUGAUUUGAACAAGUGUGAACCUUGGGAUUUGCCUAAGAAAGCUAAGAUGGGAGAGAAAGAAUGGUACUUCUUUUGCCAGAGAGAUAGGAAGUAUCCGACCGGGAUGAGAACAAAUCGAGCAACUGAAGCGGGAUACUGGAAGGCAACUGGCAAGGAUAAAGAGAUUUACAAAGGAAAAGGUUGCCUUGUUGGGAUGAAGAAGACCCUUGUAUUCUACAAAGGGAGAGCUCCCAAAGGAGAGAAAAGCAAUUGGGUCAUGCAUGAAUAUAGGCUUGAAGGCAAAUUCUCUUACUAUAAUCUCCCGAAGGGUGCAAAGGAUGAGUGGGUUGUUUGUAGGGUUUUCCACAAGAAUUCAGGGAUCAAGAAACCAAUUCCUGAUCACCUGUUAAGAAUGAAUUCUUUCGGAGAUGAUCUUAUGGACUAUACUUCACUGCCACCUCUUAUGGAUCCUACUUACUCCAACAAAGCCGGCUCGAGCUUUACCGAUGGUCAAAAUGAAUUCAAGGCCAUCGAUACAACGCCAAUGCCAAGAUCCUCAGAAGGAAACUAUCCCGGCAGCUCCAACUUCCCCACCAUGAAUAAUAAUCAAAACUUUCUUCAGGCUCCCAAUAACCAUUAUCAUCAGACAGGAAGCUCUAUUUUCAACCCUCAAAUUCCAAUCCAAAAUCCUAUUUUCUUCCAUCAAGGCACCCCAAAUUCUGCCUACUCGCACCAAGGGAGGACCAGCGGAGCAGCUCCAAGCAAUUACAGCACCGGCCUUGGAGGCAAUGAUCAGGCGAUUCUAAGAGCAUUGGCUGCCAAUAACAGUGCUGACACACGUAAAGCUGACAGGCAGUGCAAGGUGGAGCAGUUUUCAUCAAAUCAGUCCAUGGUCAGUCUCUCACAAGAUACCGGCCUCAGCACUGAAAUCAACAACACUGAGAUUUCAUCGGUGCUUUCCAAGAGUAUUGAACUUGGGAGCAGCAAAUCUUAUGAAGAUAUAGAAGAUUUGGGGUGUUUAUGGGACUACUAAAGUUGAAGGAAUAUAUACUGUUGAUGCAGCAAGUUGGCUUGUUAAUUUCCUAGGAAUAUAUGAUUUGAAACAGUCUGUCCCCACUAGGUAAUUUAAUUAUUAGGUUGGAAAGUUUCUUGGAUUCUGAUGAAGAAAAGAAAAUUAUACUUGUAUAGAUAGAUUCAUGGUUGUCCAAAUCUUGUUCAGAUUAUUACAUUUUCAUUAACAGAUAACUGGGAAAGAUUCCAUGUACAUGAAUUCUUUCUUAUGGUAGUGAAUUUAUUCUUAUUUUUUUUC